CUGCACGCACGGGCUCACGCUUAUUUAAUUAUAUUCCUUUCUGUGGUCGUAAAUGAGUGAGCAAAGUCAGCAAAGCCCCCUUCCUGGGCAAACUCGUUCCUGGGUAUAUAAAGCGUGACAGCAGGUCCGCCUGACUUAAUCGGUCGGACACGUUUUGCUGACAUCUCGAUGGAACAUUCAGAAGGAAAUAAGUGGGUGUUGGAGCUCAUACAACUCAGCCGUGAUAUGCUCAAGAAAUCGUACAGCCCUUACAGCAAAUUCCCAGUAGGCGCUGCUCUGCUCACCACCGAUGGAACCAUCUACACUGGCUGUAAUGUGGAGAAUGCGUGCUACAACCUUGGAAUUUGUGCUGAGCGAACAGCUAUUUUUAAAGCUGUCUCCGAGGGUCAUCACAGCUUCAAAGCCAUAGCCGUGGCAGCGUCCAGUGACGUUUCUGAUGACUUCAUCUCACCAUGCGGAGCAUGCAGGCAGGUCAUGCGAGAGUUUGGCACAGAAUGGACGGUUUUCUUGACAGCUCGACAUGGCUCUUCAUAUCGUGCGUACUCGGUGGAAGAGCUGCUGCCCUUGUCCUUUGGUCCUCACCAUCUCAAACAGAAUAAGAUUCCUCCUGGAAGCAUUGUGGCAGAAGUGCAGGAAAAAAAUAAUCACUGAAAAUGUUCAAUCAUGCAACAACCCAGCAACUUUACAGAGCAUGGUCUACACAUCAGGGUCAACUAUUAGGCCACUUAUGUUAUUGUUGUAAUAUAAUUUUCAGUCCACCCUUCCACUGGGGUUAAAUUCAUUUUCUUGCUCAUAUUUACAAAUCAAUAUUUUUAUCAACUUUAUUUUGUCUAUGCAUUGUAAAUUGCAAUACAUAUUCCGAAUCAAGACAAAUACACAGGUGCCUGAGGUGACCCCAGAAUGCAUAAUAGAUGCAUCCGGCCCCAGUCAGCUAAUUUGUACUUUUUAUAAGGACUAAUCGGUGAAAAUUGCGUAAAAACUCACACACUUAACUAACUUAGCUUUAGUGUCGUGUAUGUAAGGUGUACAUGCCUGUAUAUGUAGUACAUAAUAAAUACUAAAUAAAUGUAUAUCUUUGGUAACUAAUUAUAUAUAAUGGUGAUUUCAAAUAGAUGAUUUUAUAAAUGUAUAUUAUUGGUCAUGGUGUAUCGCUAGCUGCAUGAAGGCUUCCUAAUGUGUCACCAUCAUUUUAUGGUCCUUUGAAAGCACAACCAAUCUCACGCUUGCACAUUAACUCAUCUCAUCACCUUAUCAGAAGAACGCUGGCGAACAGAGUGGACCAACGCAGAUGUCCAGAAUAAAGACCUCAUUCGAGACCCAAACAUCGCACCUCCUGGCUUUGACAGUGCAUGAUGGUGUACCAUCAACUGAAUCAGAACAUCAACAGGCCGAUAUACACAUCUCCUUCAUAAAUGGAAGAUUAAGACUAUGGGCCUUACCGUUAACCACAAUAGCCAGCAUUCCUCCAACGGUAUAGCAAAACUACACGAACUGUCCUGAAGCCCUCUCAUGGCUAGCAGACAUCGAUGUUGGCAUUUAGCUCCUGAACAUAUUGCCAUACGAAAUAAUUGAAUAAAUUUACCUGAUAAAUAUCUGCAGUAGUCAAAUUCUCAGGCACGUUUUAACCACGAGCUGCCACUCUGUUCACGAGUCUUGUUCAUCAGUCAUUCAUCCAAUAUUAUAUCUGAUUCAUGUUCUCUGAUCCACGUGCUAUUUCUAUGUAGUUCAGUGUCAUUCUGAACGUGCAUCUUUCCAUACUACUUUGCCUACUUUUAAUUUCUUAUUCAAGUUUGUCUGUGUAUCUGAUACAUAUCAUAGCUGGUAGUAUACACUGAUUGAAUACAUUUUUUAAGUAAUGUCGACUGGUAUGCUGCAAAUAAUUGUUGAAUUCCAAUUUAUAUCAUACGAGGGGGUGGGUGACAGCAGCACGCCCGGCCGCCUUUGUCUCCCCAGUGGCAAUGUUCACACACCACAGCAGUUACUCGUUUGAGGCUGAGUCGACCUAGGGGAGGCCCAGGAGCAGUUGAAAUAAUCGUCACUGGUGGUGGCCGUGAGCGGGAAUCGAACUCGGGUCGGCGUGUUCAUAGCGCGGCACGCUAACCACUACACUACAAUGCGUUACGCUUCCACAUGCGCGGGUCACAUGACAGAUCUGACGUCACAGCUCACUUGCCGUGCAAAAAAUAUAUGCAUUAUUGACCUCCCCCCCCCUCCAAAAAAAAAAGUGUAUUUUUAUAAUUUUUGCAUGGUGUACAGUCUGGAAAGUACCCACAUGGCAAAUUUCCAGUUUGGUGCAUGUCGGGAAGUACGCUAAACAUUUUGAACAGACACAUUCACAACUUUGCCUUUUAUAUAUAAAAGGAGAUGAUGAUUAGCUGAUUGUCACCGAGCAACUGAUUUGAAAUAUAGCACAAAUGUAGUCACGUUGCAAACGACCCGGAGUUGAUUUUGGUGCAGAUGCGGAGGUGUGGUUACUACAUCCGAGAAUGAGUGUUUGAGAUUAUUGGAAUACUUUUUCAACACCAAUGUGAGUGCCGUAUUAAGUAUAUUAAAUGUUGCAAUCGGCGACCACGACAUUGAAAGUGUUUUUUACCUCAUAUAUCCUUUUAUCACCGCAAUAAACCGUUUCACCCUCAGAAGCCCUGCUUCUAAUUAUCUACUUGAAUAUAAACUCAAGCACAGCAAUUCGUGCAACAUUUCACAACAGUUAUCAAGUUCGGACGCUGUGAGGUGAGACAUGUUUCCGACGUUCUCUUGCUAAGCAUGUGUAAUAAAGCACUUCCACGACGA